CGAAAUCACGAUAGAGACUGAGUAUACCGACAUAUACAUUGUACAACCACAUUAUUCUCUGUAAUUUUAACGCAGUCUCUUACUUUAAUUCAACCGGCGUAGACGUCACUGGUGUUGUAUUUUGAUAAGAAGCAUUUCGCUUAAUUAUUUUAAAAUAUUUUUAUUUAAAUUAUUCAUUCAUUAGUAAGAGCUUCCGCUAUAAUUCAAUUCUACAAUUUUGUCGAUUUGUUAAAUUACAAUUUGUUGGGCUAAUUUGAUCGUAACAGAGAAGUUUAAACAAGAAAAAAAUGGCAAGAGCUCUGAUAAAUUUUACUGGCAAGGCACUGAGCAAUCAAUAUGCCGUAGCCGCACCAUGUCUUUCGGUUUCGUCGAAGAGAAACUAUACCAGUGGCGCUCGCAUUCAAGCUGUUAAGCCAGUCGUUGAAAUGGACGGGGAUGAGAUGACUCGAAUUAUUUGGCAAUUCAUUAAAGAAAAGCUGAUCUUCCCAUACGUUAAAAUCGAAUGUUUGUAUUAUGACUUGGGACUACCGUACCGAGAUACCACCGAUGACCAAGUUACAAUUGAUGCAGCCUAUGCCAUUUUGAAACAUAAUGUUGGCAUUAAAUGCGCUACAAUCACUCCAGAUGAACAGCGUGUAGAAGAAUUCAAACUCAAGAAGAUGUGGCUCAGUCCAAAUGGCACAAUUCGUAAUAUUCUUGGCGGUACAGUUUUCCGUGAACCCAUUCUGUGCAAAAACAUUCCACGACUCGUACCUGGCUGGACCAAUCCAAUAAUCAUUGGUCGUCACGCUCAUGGUGAUCAAUACAAGGCAAAGGAUUUGGUCAUUGACCGUCCCGGAAAAUUGGAACUGAUUUUUACCGACACAACUGGUAAAGUUGAGAAGAAUUUGCUUUUCGAUUACAAGGCUCCUGGUGUUGCCAUGGGCAUGUACAAUUUAGAUGAAUCUAUCGAAGCUUUUGCACAUUCCUCGUUCCAAGUGGCUUUGGCCAAAAAAUGGCCACUCUACAUGUCCACCAAGAACACCAUUUUGAAGAAAUACGAUGGUCGUUUCAAGGAUAUUUUCCAAGAUAUUUAUGAAAAACAAUACCAAAAGGACUUCGAAGCAAACAAAAUUUGGUAUGAACAUCGAUUGAUCGAUGAUAUGGUCGCUCAGGCGCUUAAAUCAUCCGGCAAAUUUGUUUGGGCCUGCAAAAACUACGACGGUGAUGUACAAUCUGACAUCAUUGCUCAGGGUUACGGUUCACUCGGUAUGAUGACAUCCGUACUGAUGUGCCCCGAUGGUAAAACCAUUGAAUCAGAAGCUGCUCACGGAACUGUAACCAGACAUUACAGACAACAUCAAAAAGGUCAAUCCACCUCCACCAACCCUGUGGCAUCUAUUUUCGCAUGGACUCGAGGCCUUGAACAUCGGGCAAAAUUGGACAACACUCCCGAUUUAGCCAAAUUCGCAUUGUCUUUGGAAAAGGCUUGUAUCGAUGUCGUUGAGGCUGGAAAAAUGACCAAAGAUCUUGCCGGGUGCAUUCACGGUUUAUCGAAUGUCAAGGAAGGCAUGUACUUAAAUACUGAAGACUUCUUACAAGCUAUUGCCGAUCAAUUGGAACGAUCGCAACGGAAAUAAAUUUUUAUUUUUAAUUUUCCUGCUCCGGAUAUUCCCUGUAUCCGGUAACAACUAGGUAUUUUCUUGUGUAUUUUCUUAAUUCCCUUUUUUUCCUUUUUAAUUUCUCCACCAUACGCAUGCCACUACAUUAAUGAAAUUGAAUUAAAUUUAAGUAAAUGUAAAUAAAAAAAAGCAAAUAUUUGAGAUUGA